GUGGCCAGUUGGCAUCAGAUCAUAGCGUUCUUGGAUGUCGCUGGGUUUCUGCAGAGCAUGUCCAGCUCGAAAGCAGUGGUUACCGCCACUCACAGCCCAAGGAUGAUUCCAGCAGGCUUCAUCGAAGUGACAAGAUUGAACUUCGGCUUGGCCAAGAAUGGAGUCUCUGGUGUGGUGGACUUGGAAAGCCCCAUGUCGGAAGGGCGAUACUACCUCGGUCACUCGGUGCUUUCAAAUUUCAGUGGUGCAGGACAUUCUUAUUUCACAGAGUCACCAAAGUUCAGCAGAGAGGGCACAACAACAAGCCGUCAUGAGGCUUUUGGUCUGCAGCGAUCCUCUUUCCGAACACCUUGCAACUUGGCAAACAGAACACUUGCCGUGAAGUUCUACAACUUUCCUGCUCACUUCAAUUUUUCACCAGACCUCCAUGCACAGCUCACACACGACACUGCACCGGUGACUGUCUUUCUCCCUGUCAAGCUGAGGAUUGAAUUUUCAGAGGAAAAACCCGAGGAGGGUGUGCAGCAUUUGUCGGUGCUGCGUGGUCGAGACAGGGAUGGCAAACGCAUCUAUUUGGAUGUGUCCGCUUGCAACUACUUCGCGAUUGCUGAUGCUUGGGAGAACUACACCAAUGUGGUGUCCAUCAUGCAAAGCGCAUGUGAAACAGCUCUGACCAGAUACCAUGCCACGUGUUGGGGUCUUCAGCCUCUCGGCCAGAAGCCAACAGCGGUUGCGAAGACCUUGGUGAAAUCAAAGACCGGGUUGUGGGGUAUCCGCCUGGAGUCGAAGUACGAGUCAGCAUUGAUCAGGCGAACGGAGCAGAAUCGCAAGCUCCACACCGUUGUGCGGGCGCAGACAGAGGUCCUGCUAGCCUCCUACCGAAGGAACAAGACGGUCAUUGAAGCUCAGGGUGAAGCAGACAGAUAUUUGAUCGAUGAGGACGCCAAAGCAAAAGCGGAGAAGAAGUGGAUGGAUGCGCAAGCGCAAGCCAUUGAGAUCGUGAAGAACGCGGUCAAGAUCAAGAACGAGACUGAGAUGACUGCCGAACAGUA